AUGGAGACAUCCCUGUCACCGAACGAUAUACCGACUUCUCUUUCACAGGAAGAUAUAUAUUUUCUACGAUUAGCUGGUUUGUUAAUAAGAGUCGCACCACGUGCUGUGAGACGAAGGUUUGACUAUGAAUUCCAUCCAGAACAUCUACAACAAUUUCUACGCACAAAUCGAGGCAAGAUAGAUAACCUAACACAUAAAAAGAGGAUUAUCACAGUGACACAGUAUGACUUAUUAUUUCCAAAAGGUUCUUCAAAAGUAUCAUCAGACAUGUUUGAUGUAUCAUUGAUGGUAUACCUACUUAAAAACUUCACAGACCUUGACAUCCAAGAUAGUCUUCCACUGGAAACUAUUCAUACAAAUGCUGCAGAUAUUUCCAGGAUUAAAUUUUACAGAAACUCCAUUGUUCAUUCUGACAGCGGUAAAGUUAAUGUAAAGAAGUUUUGGGAAAUUUGGAACUGUGUGACUGAGGCAAUACUCAGGCUAGCACCAGAAAUGAAGUCAGAGAUUGAUGCGUUGAUAAGUUCAUCGUUAACUAAUGUCACAGAUAUCAUAGAUUUUAUACGGCUUGAGAAACAGUUGGAAAAAACAAAUCAGCAUAUGGUUACAAUCAACCAGAAGUUGGCGACGCUAGACAUAGAAAAAAAUAAUAUAACAGAAAUACCACAACGAACUUUGAAAGAAUGGAGAAAUAAUGGCAAAAAAUACAUUCCUACCUCAGCAACAACGUUUAUACUAGAAUCAUUAAACAAAACGACGGGUGUUAUCAUUACUGGUUCUCCAGGCUGUGGAAAAUCAGUAGUUGCUCAUCACAUAGCAUUAUAAUUAGAAAAGG